AUGGCAUUGCGGGUGGGAGCGAGCGAGAGGGAGAGGAGGCUUUCUGGGGAGAGCGCUAGGGGAGCGGCAGAAGGGGCGGGAAGUGGGGUGCGGACCCCUUGUUCCUCAGCCUCUCAGGACCCCUUGUCCCUCAGCCUCUCACAUCACUCCUUACUGCCUCCAUUGCUUCUGUUCCCACUUGGCUGUCUCUUCCCCGUCCCCUUCCCCCUAUGCGUGCCGUCCUACACUAGUAGUGUGGCGCGCGCAUGGCAUGGAGAGCUUGCCGCGCCCAGGGCAGCAAGAGGGGGUAGCAGCCCCACUGACCUCCUCCCCAGCAAGAAGGUCAGUACGGAGGUGACAAGAGGUGCAGGGCAGUGCACAGUGAGGGGCGCUGCAGUUACAGCAGCAGCGGUGGGGGGGAAAGAUGCGGAGAGGGGAGGCAAGGGUGGGCGGGGAGCAGUGGGGAGGGGCGCAGAUGAGGUGGUGAUGUUGGUUGGCAGUGCACACAGCAGUGCGGACGAGACGUUCAUGAAGAGGCGGAAGGGCGGCAAGCUGGCACGGUGGAAAGAGGAAGUGCGUGAGGCGGAGAAGGAGAAGGAGGAGCGGAGGCGGCGUCGCAUUGGCAAGGCGAGGGCGCGUCAGAAGUGGAGAGUGUCAUGGAAGGUGGGUUCGUGCGCGCCAGUGGUGCACGCCAGUGGUGCACGCCAGUGGUGCACGCCAGUGAUUCGGCGUGCAGGGGACAGUGCACAGUGCAGGGUUCGCGGCAGCAAGGGAGAGGCUGGCGAUGAGUAUGAGAGAGGUGCUUGGCAGUGCGUGCCAAGGGGAGGAAGGCAAGCUCAGGGGUGGGCGGGGGACAGUGUGGAGUGGAUGGCAACGAAUGGUGCGUGGAUUAGAGCAGGUGGAGUGCAUGGGUCAGGACAGGAGGGGCGGCUGGAGUUGCCAGUUGCAAGUCUAGGAGGCGAGAGCUGUGGAGGAGAGGAGACUGCCCAGGAGGCGAGAGCUGUGGAGGAGACUGCCCAGGAAGCACUCCAUAGCUCUCGCCUCUCGCCCUCGUCAGUUCUCCUCUCAAGCCCACAGUGGCCUCCUCUCGGUUUCACAACCUGUCUGUCCUAA